CUCAUCACAAGUCACUAGCCUGCGCCUCCCCCACGACUUGCGUGCUUCCUCUCAUCUCGUUCUAGAAGCCCAACGAGUGGGGGGUGAGCAAUAGAAAGCCCAACGAACUCGGGUUCAUGUUGGCCUAUCCUUUUCUUCUUUUCUUCUUUGUGUUUUUCUUUUGCUUGCCUUUCAUGGCCUUUGGCCAUCUUGCAUCUUAUACCCAAUGGACCUUCAAGGCAGGUCUUAAUCAUUCAUCAUCAUCAUGGGCCAUACAUAUGUGUGUAUGUGUGUAUUGUACAUAUAGAGAGGUUGUUUUGCAGGCGUUGUUUGCCUUUUGCUUGGAGUCUUGGGAGUUUGCGCUUUUUACGAGGGAACAUAAUGGUUAUUGGUAUCAUUGGCAGGCUUGGGAUGGAAGGGAAAAUGAGAUUUUUAAGAGGAGGAUGAACCGGCUAUGGAUUGACAUGACUUUAGAUGGGAUAUUGGGAAAUCAGGAACUGGAGAACGAAAACGAUUCAUUGAAAUCGAUUCCUCCAUAGCAUUCUAAAAAGGCGCCCGAAACGGUGCUUUCACUUGUGUCACAAAACAUUUCCAUGUCCACGUGUUCUGGGACUCGCUGAGAGGUUUGAGAUAUCAGGCUC